UUGAAGCAUGUGAUAUGGGGGUAGUCGGUGAAAUAAUUGCAGGGUUAGGUAGUUGUAUUUGUAUUGGGUGUUGUUCAGUGUUCAGUCGGGGAAGUAAAUUGAAGUGGCCAUUUUUGAUUGAUCAAAAUGGAAGAAAUAGCAGUAGAAAACAAGCAGGUGAUAUUCAAGGGCUAUGUAGAGAGGGCACCAAGGGAGACAGACAUGGAAGUGAGAAUUGGGACUGUUGAGGUCAAAACACCAAAAGGGUCAGGGGCUUUUUUGGUGAAGAAUCUCUACCUGUCUUGUGACCCCUACAUGAGAGGUCGCAUGCGUGACUACCAUGGCUCUUACAUUCCUCCCUUUGUCCCUGGCCAGCCCAUACAAGGAUUCGGCGUAUCAAAGGUUGUGGCUUCUGAUAAUCCAGAUUUCAAGCCUGGUGAUUUAGUUUCGGGAAUUACUGGUUGGGAAGAAUACAGCUUGAUUCAGAAGCCUGAGCAAUUGAGGAGAGUUCAGCAAGAUGAUAUUCCUCUUUCAUUUAACCUGGGUCUUCUUGGUAUGCCUGGUCUUACAGCUUAUGCAGGAUUCUAUGAGGUCUGUUCCCCUAAGAAAGGAGAUUAUGUGUUUGUGUCUGCAGCUUCAGGAGCUGUUGGCCAGCUUGUUGGUCAGCUUGCCAAGUUACAUGGUUGUUAUGUAGUUGGAAGUGCUGGGACAAGCCAAAAGGUUGAUCUUUUAAAGAAUAAGCUUGGAUUUCAUGAGGCUUUCAACUACAAAGAAGAGCCCAACCUGGAUGCCACUUUGAAAAGGUAUUUUCCAGAAGGCAUUGACAUUUACUUUGAUAAUGUGGGUGGAGACAUGCUUGACGCUGCAUUGCUCAACAUGAGGAUUAGUGGCCGAAUUGCAGUCUGUGGAAUGGUGUCUUUGCACAGUCUCUCUGAUCCCCAAGGGAUUGGCAACUUGUUCAAUCUUCUAACUAAACGGAUUAGGAUGCAGGGAUUCUUGCAAAGUGAUUACUUGCAUCUUUAUCCAAAAUUCUUGGAACACGUUAUUAAUAACUACAGGCAAGGGAAGCUUGUUUACAUCGAAGACAUGAAUGAGGGGCUGGAAAGUGCUCCAGCUGCUUUGGCUGGGCUUUUUUCUGGUAAAAAUGUGGGAAAGCAAGUCAUUCGUGUAGCCUAUGAAUAAUAUUUUAUAUGAAAACAUUGAAGCAGUUGUAAAGAUUUAAUGGGCUCCAGCUGAAAUAAUCUGCCAUGAACACAAAACUUAAUCGUUGAUUUGAAGUGAAUUUGUGGACUCUCUCCUCAAUAGCAUGCCUCAACUAGUUGUCCUUUUAAUGGAAGGUUGUAGUUUUGAUAACCAUUACAUUGUUUGUUGAUGUAUGCAGUGAUGCAUGUAAACCGAACAUAGGCAUUGCAGCUUUGAAAUUGUUCCUUUGUUAGAGCCUA